CCACUUGUGAGCGCUGCAGACCACGAGUGGUAUACUUGUUCCACAGAACUAGCGACUAAGGUGCCCGAGAACAGUGCAACGUGGUAGUGGUAAGGGAAGUGCACUAUCUCGAAGUCGCAAAGCGUCUUUGGUACGCUAGUCGCAGAUUUACGCUUUGCACAGUUUUCCCAUGUUUGGCUGUGUCACAAUUAAAAAGUGUCCUUUUUAAAUGGGAAACACACUUUGCCAUUAACAGGCACCAUGGGGUGUGCGCCACUUUCACCAAAGUGUACGACAAACGUUUUAGAUGUUGCUUUCUAUCGUAUUUUUGUGUGAAAGCAUCUCGUUCGCGAUGGAGAUAAUGCAGGUAGAAGAUUAGCACACGCAGCUAGCUGAGUGGGUAUUGCGAGGCCCGGACGGUUGGACGACAAGACAGGACAAAACCAUGAGACUUUUAAGGUUUCUGCGGAGCAGCGUGUCCGUAGGGAAGGACAUCGACUAUUAUUCCAAAUUCUCGCCCUCCCCUUUGUCCAUGAAGCAGUUUCUGGAUUUUGGUUCAGAAAAUGCUUGCGAGAAAACGUCCUUCACCUUCCUCAGACAGGAGUUGCCUGUGAGGCUGGCAAACAUCAUGAAGGAGAUCAACUUGUUGCCAGAUAACCUGCUAAGAACGCCAUCAGUGCGCCUGGUCCAGAGCUGGUAUGUACAAAGCCUCCAAGAGAUCCUGGAGUUUAAAGACAAAAAUGCAGAUGACGACAAAGUGACAUAUGAUUUCACAGAUGCGGUGAUCAAGAUCCGAAAUCGCCACAACGACGUCAUCCCGACCAUGGCUCAGGGCCUUGUGGAGUACAAAGAGACGCACGGUACCGACCCGGUGGUCAGCCAGAAUGUGCAAUAUUUCCUGGACCGGUUCUACAUGAGCAGGAUCUCCAUCCGUAUGCUGCUCAACCAGCACACACUCCUCUUUGGUGGGAAGGUGAAGGUCAACCCAGCACACCCCAAACAAAUUGGCAGCAUUGAUCCACACUGUGGAGUUAGUGAGGUUGUGAAAGAUGCCUACGAAAAUGCAAGAAACCUUUGUGACAGGUAUUACAUGAAUUCUCCUGAGCUCACACUGGAGGAAUUUAAUGUGAAAGAUGAGGGGAAACCGAUCACCAUGGUGUACGUCCCAUCUCACUUGUACCACAUGGUGUUUGAACUGUUCAAGAACGCCAUGCGAGCCACCAUGGAGCUGUACGGAGACGCCAUGGAGCAUCCUCCAAUCCGCGUUCAGGUCGGUCUGGGAACCGAGGAUCUGACAGUCAAGGUGAGCGAUCGCGGCGGAGGCGUUCCCCUGCGUAAGAUCGACAGGCUCUUCACGUACACGUACUCCACAGCUCCUCGGCCGAGCAUCGAUGGGUCCCGGGCUCCUCCUCUGGCCGGUUACGGAUAUGGCUUACCCAUCUCUCGACUUUACGCCCGGUACUUCCAAGGAGACCUCAAACUAUAUUCUCUGGAGGGCUACGGGACUGACGCAGUCAUCUAUAUACGGGCACUGUCGACGGAGUCUAUUGAGAGGCUCCCGGUGUACAACAAGUCAGCGUGGAAACACUACAAGACGAUGCACGAGGCCGACGACUGGUGCGUCCCGAGCCGAGAGCCCAAGGACAUGACUACGUUUCGUCGGUUCUAGAUGGGAACUGACGGCUGUCCCCAAGCCAAGUGUUUGUUGGUGUGUUGUCGUCCGCGAAUGGCAGUUUGUUUGGAAAGCUGUUUGAGCAUUUAUUUGAUAUCACUUUUAAAGGUCCCCUUCCUUAAGAAUAAUUUUUUUUCCCCAGGUUUAUCCAUAACGUAGGUAAAAAUGCAAAGGCCUUUGAAACCCAAAAGUGCUUGCAAAUGAUAGGGUUUGAAAUCUCGCUCACCUCAUGGUCCCCAGUAGUCAGCCAACAAUCCAACCCUAGGAGAAUUGCGCUUACAGUCAUUAUACACACCAAACGGGCACUUGCUUCAUCGACAUAUCUCAACAACAGUGAGUUUUAAUGUAGAGUAAGAACCGAAGAUGGAUAUGGAGGAUGUCAGACACAUGCUCCAACAGCUUCCAAUAAGUUUGUGUGUGUCGGUGCAAUUUCAUAUUUUAUCUGUACAGAAAGUAAAAUUUAGUGAGUCAUGUUCUAUUUCAUGGAAAAGAAACUUGUGACUGGUAGGUUUUUGCUUUAUUAAGAUUGUAUCUCUUAAGGGGAAUAUUUUUUUCAGUUUUUAAAUGUCAUGGUUACAUACAUCAGGCAACAAAUCUCUCCAGUCUGUUACAGUGGUUCAAAUAGAAACUAGACUCAACACAGGAUCAAAGGUUUUUUUUUUAACAGUAAACGUGUCAUUGGGU